ACAAGACAUUUGUUUUGCUGAUGUAAACUGCUGGUGCACUUGUGUCUUGAGUGUGCAGUCACUGCAUCACAGGAUGGGUUUAGGGGAGUUAGGGCGGGCCCAGAGAGGCUGGGAGUGGAGUUGCAUAAGGGAACAGAGAGGCACAAAUGAAGUUUACAGAGGCACGAGGUGGCAGAAAAGCUGAAUAAGAACACUCACCAAAACCCACAGCACAGGAAAAGGUGAAAAACCUCGAGACGUUAUCGCCACAAGGGGCUGCGGAGACAGUGUCGGUGGAAGCGAAGGGGAGCGGGCACACACGCUAACAGCCGGCGAAUCGUGCGCAAGUGCCGGAAGAGCGCGCACCUGCGCCGGGGAGCUGAGCACCUACAGACGGGGCAGGGCCUAGCCCGGUCGGAGCUUCCACCACUUUAGAGAGGCGCCGGCGGCGCGGAGGCGAGGGGACGAGACGGAGUUCACCGCGCCGGCAGUACCCCGGGGCGGCCCGGCCCGGCUCCCCGUCCGCAGCGCCGGCGGAGCGGGGCCGCGCCGGGCCAUGGCGGAGCGGGGCUGCCCCCGUGCCGCGCGGGAGGGACGCGCCGGGGCGGGCAGGCGCGCCGUACCCGCACCGGAGGCAGAGGGGCCGCGGGGAAGCCGCACCGUGCCAGGAUCGCUGGAGCGCCGCCGCUGCCUGUACCUGCACACGGGCCGGGCCUGGUGCCAGAUGGUGGAGGUCCUGCUCGCCGCCCUGAUCCUGGUCUGCAGCUCCGUGUCCUGUGGCUCGGCGGGAGGAUACACCGGCCUCCCCGCCCUGGGGGGCAUCUACUACUACCAGUACGGCGGGGCCUACAGCGGCUUCAGCGGAGCGGAUGGCGAGCGAGCCCAGCAGCUUGACCAACGUUUCUACCUACUGAAGCUGCCCAUUGCAAGGGCAGCGAUGGUCGUGGGAGGGUGUCUCCUGGUCUUCCCUUGUGUUCUAAUUUUGGUUAGUGUUCUGCAGGUCCCGUGGCACUUCCCAGCAUGGCUGCUAAUUGAAUGCACCUUGUACAUAGUGAUUGCAGUUGGCACAGUGCCUGCUCUGUACUAUUUCCUCCAUUCUCUGCUGAGCGUUUAUAAUUCAUCAGUGUGCAAAGAGAGAGAGCAGCUUUAUCAAAGCAAAGGCUAUCAGGGCUUCUGGUGCAGCCUGCAUGGGGCAGAGAUUGCUGCUGGCCUAUUGGGCUGCAUGGCUGCCAUGGCAUACCUGCUCAGCGCAGGCAUAGCUGUCAGAGAUUACAGGACAGUUCAUGAACAGAAACAGAAGCCACUGCAAUUAUAAGAACUUUCAGAUGAUUCCUCCACUCCAGUAAUGGUCUUGAUUUUUGCCAGUCUCCUUACUGAGAUGAAGUAGUAUGCUUUCCUUUCUUCAGGACAGUACAGCCUUAAUGCUACAGAACACUCACCAAGCUGGCACAGCUCUAAGUAUGGUAGAGUCAGGCUAUUCCUAACUUGAAUUUGCAGCAUUGAGUUAUUAGUGUCUCAAAGCCAAUGCAAUGGAUUGUCUCUGCUUCACAGGCAGCCCUUCCACUCUCAGGUGUCCCCUUCUCCAGUGAGGUCUUGAUACAAGUACUGCCACUACAUGCUUCUAUCAAUGAACAGCUUUUUGUAGCUGAAACUGUCUUUACAAAAGGCAUGUGACUUCGCUGAGAAAAGAGCUCUUAAAAACAAGUGACUGAGGCCCAUGGUUGUGACAGCUAAAUAUUGCUUCCUUGUAGGUCUCUUGGAAUUAACAGACCAGUGUGAACAUGACAUUUGUAAGGCCAAAAAAAAAAAUCCUGAAAACUCUCAAACUCCGUCUAACUUGUGAUACAAUGCCUUUUCAAAUUCCUGGAGAGAGUGCAUUUAUGUAUGAAAUGGUCUUUUUAUAUAACUUGUAUACAAGAGUUUUGCUUAAAAAGAUGCCCUGGAUUGGGAUAAUCAGACAAAAAAGCUUUAUGAGAUCAAAUGGGUGAUUGAAUAUAGAAGUAUAUUGUUUUCAAAAUACAUUUUCAAUGUACGAGUUGGAGAAAUGAGGUGCUACUUUUUUUUUUUUUAACUUUUAUAGGAAGUUUAACUGGGAAAAGUAGCACUAGAAUCACCAACUGAUGUCUCAAAAUGAAAUGCCAUUUCAGAGCAUUGUCCACUGUGUGCUUUGCUCAUAUGAGGAUGGAACCACCACAGUCUCACAGAAGAGUUCUGCCCAUAUUAAAAGAACGAAACAUACCAGAAACAUGCUUUGCCUUGGACAUAGCUCUUCUUUCACUGGCACAAGUGACUAAAUCCUCACAAUUACCAAAACCAUGGAACACUAUUAGAACUAGAGACACUAAAGUAAAACAGAUGCCAAGUAGGAACACAGUAGGUGUUUUGGGGUUUGUUUGACUUUGUUCAUUUUUAGUUCAUUUUUUUGCCUUUUAACAUCAAGUGUCUCAGCACAGGAAUUUACGUGGACAGUCCACUGUUGUCCUGUUUCUGUUAACAUUUUUGUAUUUCCUCUUGUUGCAGCUACUUCUAGAGCUGUACAGUGCUACUGAGAGCAAGUUCACAGGGCAGCAUUCCUCUAGCAGGAAACAGAAAGCUGCCUUAAUAAUUGGUAAGCCUAAUUCUACCCUCACAGUGUUCUGAAAGAAGUUUUUGUAUGGAAGGCUGAUGAGUGAAGUAGCACAUAGAGCUCAGUGAAUAACCUGCAGCACAGCUGCUGCUAGACACAGCUACCUUUGACUGGGAUAUUGCACAGAUUUUUUCCAGCACAGUAACAGAAUCAGAAUAAACUGUUAGAUGAAAGUAAAAAUCUUUAUUGCUAAGUCAGCUGAAAAUUCGAUGCAAAAAUACUCUUCCUUCCUGAAUCUCUCUAUACAUCUGAAUAAAGAAUCAACGGACUAGUGUUUUCCAACAA